AUGCCUGCUGGACAUUUGACUAAGGAAGCUCUACCAUUCUCUGACCCCCAGGGGUAUCUACCAUCGAUCUUGCAUGAUGCUGACCUUCUGUUUUCCUUUUUCUUUCUCUUCACUUUUAGUUCUUUUCCUUCAUCCUUACUUUUUUCUGUUUCUUAUUUUCUCCCUUUCUUUCUGUUAACCUCCCUGACAUUUUCUAUUUUUUUUAGUUUACUUUCUUCAGUUUUUCUUCUUUUUUAUGUUUCUUUUUUUCUGAUACUCUUUUUUUCUUUCUCUUUUCCUUUUCAUCCUCUUUCUUUUUCUUUUCCUCCCCCGUCUUUCUUUUGGCAUCCCUCCCCCUUUUCUUUUCUCUUUCCCUCCCCUCUUUUUUUUCUUUCCUCCUCCUCUUUCUUUUCUCUUUCCCCCCCUCUUUCUUUUCUCUUUUCCUCCCCUCUUUUUUUUUCCUUUCCCUCCCCUUUUCUUUUUUUUUCCCUCUUCUUUCCUCCCCAUCUUUCUUUUUUCUUUCCCUCCCCAUUUUUCUUUUUUCUUUCCCUCCAUCUUUCUUUUCUUUUCCCUCCCAUCUUUCUUUUUCUCUUUCCCUCCCCAUUUUUUUUUUCUUUCCCUCCCCUCUUUCUUUUUUUUUCCUCCCCAUCUUUUUUUUUUUUUUUCCUUCCAUCUUUCUUUUCUCUUUCCCUCCCCAUCUUUCUUUUCUCUUUCCCUCCCCAUCUUUCUUUUCUCUUUCCCUCCCCAUCUUUCUUUUCUUUUAUGACCUUUCUCUUUUUCUUAAAAUAUCCUUUCCCUUCCCUUUUUUCUUCCCUUUUCUAUCCUUUUACUUCAUUUCUUUUCUUCCUUUCCAUAGAUUUAUUCUCUUUCUUUUUCUUCCUUUCCAUAGAUUUGUUCUCUUUCUUUUUCUUCCAUUACCUUUCUUGUUUUUUUUGUUUACAUUAUUUCUUUUCUUUUUUCUUUUCUUUUUUCUUCUUUGCUUUCAUUCCCUUUUCCCUAUUCUUUUAUUUAUUCUUUCUUUUCUUCUUCCUUUCUUUUUUUUUCUAUUUCAUUUCUUUCUCCCUCUUUUUACCAAGUUCUUUUAAUGCCUCUUCCUCUUUAUUUCAUUUAAUUUUCUAUCACUUUUUGUCAUUCACAAAUAGACAUUUGCUUCCAUAUACAAAUAGACAUUGA